AUGAAACAUCUACAAGUGCUAUCUUUUGUUAGAAGAUGGAGUUCAUGGGCUUUAUCUAUUAAAAAAGCCUCUUCAUCAUCACCAACAAAAGCUAUCCAUCUCUAUUCCAAAAUGCAUAGAAGUGGUGUUCCUUUUGACUCUUUCUGCAUUCUCUUCACCUUAAAAUCUUCCAUUCAGUUACACAGCUUACCCACCAUUCAUCACCUUCAUACACAUAUCAUCAAACUCGGUUUCAUCUCUCAAAUCCACGUGGCAAAUUGUCUUUUAAAUGGUUAUGUUCUUCUCUCUUUCAUUGAUGCAUGUGUAUUGUUCGACGAAAUACCACAGAGGAAUACUGUCACGUGGAACACUAUGAUUUUGGGGUAUUCGAGAUCAGGUGAUAUGAAUAAAGCACGUGAGUUGUUUGAAGAAAUGCCGCAAAGAGAUAGUGUUUCAUGGUCUUCUGUGAUUUCGGGUUAUACAGAUAUUGGAGGUUAUAUGCAAAGUUUGUAUCUUUUUAGACGGAUGUUGUUUGUUGAAGGAACGAAGCCGGAUCAGGUGACUUGUGGUGCGGUUUUAUCGGGUUGUGCUCACAUGGGGUCUUGUGGAUUGUUACGUGGAAAAUCAGUUCAUGGUUUUAUAGUGAAAAAUGGGUGGGAAUUGAAUGUUGAGAUAGGUGCUGCUUUGGUUAAUAUGUAUGCUAAAGGUGGAGUUUUGAGAAAUGCUGCAAUGGUUUUUGAGUUGAUGGAUGAAAGAGAUGUUAUGUCUUGGACAGUGAUGAUUUUUGGAGCUGCACGGUGUGGGUUUAAUAAAGAAGCAUUGAUUGUGUUUGAGAAGAUGCAAAUGGUUGGAAUCAAACCCAAUGAGUUGACUUUCACUGGGGUGCUCAGUGCUUGUGCUCAUGGUGGGUUUGUUGAGGAGGGAAGAAGGUAUUUCAAGAUGAUUGAAGAAUGUGGUUUGGAACCAAGAGUUCAACAUUAUGCAUGUUUGGUUUAUUUGAUAGGGAAAAGUGGGAAUCUAGAGGAAGCUUAUGAGAUUAUCAAAACAAUGAGAGUGGAACCAAAUGUUGUUGUCUUGGGUUCUUUCUUGUCGGCUUGUAAGGAACACAAGCAAUUUGAGAUUUCUGAGAGGGUGAUAGAGCAGGUUCUGAGGAUGGCAAAUCCAGAAAAUGAUAGAGGGCUUUAUAACCUUAUUGCUGAUUUGUAUGUCAUCGGUGAGAAAUUGGAAGAGGCUGAAAGGUUGAAGAAAUUCAUGGUUAAUGAGCAUGUGAGACAAGCAAAGGGGUUAAAUUUUGAUAGAAAUGUAUUUAGAUAA